AUUUGGCUUCGCCGACGGUUGAAGCAGUAGCGUAGAAGAUAAGUUUCUCGGCGGUUGUUGAGUCAGACUCGUGCUGUUGCGAAGUGUCGGUUACACGUCUGCCCAUUCAAAAUGAGGGAAAUCGUCCAUCUCCAGGCCGGUCAGUGCGGUAACCAAAUCGGAGCAAAAUUUUGGGAGGUGAUCAGCGAUGAGCAUGGCAUUGACCCGACUGGUUCAUACCAUGGUGACAGUGACCUGCAGCUCGAUCGGAUCAACGUCUACUACAAUGAGGCCUCUGGUGAGUGGAAAGUGAUUGCUUGUGGCAGUGUUUUGGAAGUAAUAUUAAAAACACGUUUUAAUGUAUUUUUAUUGAUGUCCACAGGUGGGCAGUAUGUCCCCCGUGCAGUCUUGGUGGAUCUGGAGCCAGGAACCAUGGACUCUGUGAGAUCCGGACCUUUUGGCCAGAUCUUCAGACCAGAUAACUUUGUUUUUGGCCAGAGUGGUGCUGGAAACAACUGGGCCAAGGGUCACUAUACCGAGGGCGCAGAGCUGGUAGACUCAGUCUUGGAUGUGGUAAGGAAGGAGGCCGAGGGCUGCGACUGCCUCCAGGGCUUCCAGCUCACACACUCACUGGGAGGUGGCACCGGCUCUGGAAUGGGUACACUCCUCAUUAGUAAAAUUCGGGAGGAGUACCCCGACCGCAUCAUGAACACCUUCAGUGUGGUCCCAUCCCCCAAGGUGUCAGACACAGUAGUGGAGCCCUACAACGCCACGCUGUCGGUCCACCAGCUGGUCGAGAACACAGACGAGACCUACUGUAUCGACAACGAGGCUCUGUACGACAUCUGCUUCCGUACCCUCAAGCUUACAACCCCCUCAUACGGUGAUCUCAACCACCUGGUGUCCGCCACGAUGAGCGGUGUCACGACGUGCCUCAGGUUUCCCGGUCAGCUGAAUGCUGACCUUCGUAAACUGGCCGUCAACAUGGUGCCCUUCCCACGCCUGCACUUCUUCAUGCCCGGCUUUGCCCCCCUCACAAGCCGAGGCAGCCAGCAGUACAGGGCUCUUUCCGUACCUGAGCUCACCCAACAGAUGUUCGACGCCAAGAACAUGAUGGCCGCCUGCGAUCCACGCCACGGGCGCUACCUGACGGUGGCCGCCAUUUUCCGUGGUCGCAUGUCCAUGAAGGAGGUGGAUGAGCAGAUGCUGAACGUGCAGAACAAGAACAGCAGCUACUUCGUGGAAUGGAUUCCCAAUAAUGUCAAGACGGCAGUGUGCGACAUCCCUCCCCGUGGGCUGAAGAUGGCAGCCACCUUCAUUGGCAACAGCACAGCUAUCCAGGAGCUGUUCAAGCGCAUCUCCGAGCAGUUCACCGCCAUGUUCAGGCGCAAAGCUUUCCUCCACUGGUACACAGGCGAGGGCAUGGAUGAGAUGGAGUUCACUGAAGCUGAGAGCAACAUGAACGACCUGGUGUCUGAGUAUCAGCAGUACCAGGAUGCCACUGCCGAUGAGGAGGAGUUUGAGGAAGAUGAGGGCGAGGAGGAUCUUGCCUAGACCUAUUUCUGAAACCAAAAUCUGUUCAUUUCUGAGAUUUUCUACUGAAGCCAAAGUCUGUUCGAGGUUUGGUUCUUGUAUUAGCACUUGUGCUAGAUGAUAGCCCUUAGCCCAGAUUAAUAUUUCUCCCAUUUGCACAAACGGCUGCAGAUGCGUCAGCAAGAAUCACCUUCUCAACUCAUCAUUUUGUUUACUGGAUGUUACAGCCCAGUUUAAUGUUGCAGCAAGAGAAAGCAGUCGGCAAAAGAACCAAAGAAGUUUGAAUUAACAGUGUUUAAAUUGAAAUCUAAAGUCCAACUCAAGCAAAUGAAACUGAUCUUAAAUUUGCAAGAACACCUAACUGGCACUGAAGGGUGCAGUACACAUGGCGAUUAAGUGUCAUCUCCAAAUAUGUUUCAUCACAGAGGAUGACAAAGAGCUGGCCUCAACUUGUGUUAUUUGGAACCAAAUCCUUUCCUUUGACUUUUUAUGUCUGUUGUACUAUUCUGUCUGUCUCUCUCGAAACACUUCAGUUGUCUUCCUUUUUUGCUGCAUAUUGAAAUAAAGUUUCUGACUCCUAGUGA